GAGUCAGACCCCGGAGCCGAUCCAGUUCAGCACCGACAGCUGUUCGUAAACACAGAAGUCAAUUUUACUGUAUUAUUUUUCAGUAUAAAAAAAAAGGGAAAUGGCGUCGGUGGCUCUCAGCGGCCGUCGGAAGGGAGUCAGUAAACGUGCUGCAGCAACGGAACAGGAAGCCAGUGAAAUAAUACAGCCUCCAGGUAUUCAGAAAGCCACUGUUUUAAGGAAAUCUGAUUGGAUCAAGAUUCAAGAUGACCUGAGGAGAGUUACCAAAGAAAAGCAGUAUGUAGGAGAAGCAGCUAAACAAAGAGAGGCCCUGCACCUUCAGUCAAAAGAAGUGGUAAACCAGUGGUCCAAUACCAUCAAAAAACAAAGGCAAAAGAGGUUAGAAGCCAGGAAAAUUCGGCUGCAGAUGGAGGAGGAAGAAAGGAAGCAGAUUGAAAUCGAAGAAACCAAAUCCAAGGAACAAAAGCAGCAAGAGACCGCUGAGAAGGCCAGGACUCAGUUGUACUAUCAAACCAGCCGAGUCAGGAGAUUACAUAGUGCGCUCCUGUUGAGCGAGGUGCUGAAACAGAGGGAGGCCCAGACUGAACUGAAGCAACAGAGGAAACGUGCCUCUGAAGAUGCGGACAAAAAGUUUCUGGAAACAGUAAAAACCAAACAGGAUGAAGCCUUGAAAGAAGAGCAGGAGAAAGCUCUGCACAGGAAGCUCCAGAGACAGGCUGCAGCAGAAGACCUGAAAAACCAGAUGAACGAAAAUGAGUUGGCAAGAGAGCAACAGAAGCUGGGAAAGAAGAAGGAUGGCGAGGAAAUCCUGCGUCUUCAAGAGCUCCAUCUGCUGGAGCAAAAAGUGGAGUCAGAACGACGAGCAGACCAGAAGAGACACCUCAUGCAAGCUCAUCAGGAUCAUCUUGCUAACAAAGCCCUAAUUAGAGCACGAGAUGCAGAAAAACAGGAGGCCGAGGAGGAACAACGAAAGCUUUUCGUUUCAACUAAAGAGAAAAUGGUGAAGUUACAGAAAGAAAGAGAGCAGGAGUUGUUAAGGGAGGCUCAGCUGCGCAGGGAGAUUUUGAACAAACCGACCGUCACACCGCUGGAGCAAAAGGCCACAGAAGAGCAGAGGAUAGCCAAAUGUGUGGCUGAGCGGGAGGCAAAACGGGCACAGCUGCAGGAGGAGGAGGGGAGGAAGAAGUCUGAGCUGCUGAAAUCCGUCACUGAGCACAGGGAACUCAUGAGAAAAGAAAAGGAGCACAGAGGUAAAAUCGCUGAGCAGGAGACCCGGGAGGCCCUGCAGGCAAAGAGAGAGGCUGACAGAAUAUUCCUGGAGAAAAAACAACAGAAGGCUGAAAAACUCAGAGAAGAUGGAAGAAAACUGAACGAUUUCAAUGCCGCACAACAGGCUGAGAAAAGCGCCAGGUUUCAGCAGCUGAAGGAAGAAGAACGCAACUUUAACGCAAAGAACGCCCAACUCCUCAUGGAAGAGGAAGAGCGGUUCCAGCAGUACUCGCAGCACAUCAUCAGCGCAGCAGCGGAAGCUAAACGCAACGUGUUUCCACUGUACAAAGCUGCAAAGGAAGGAGCGAGAGGCGGCUCUGYUUCUGGUGGCGUUGGACCCAUCUACCUCGUCCACGAUGCCACCGGCGCUCAGAUGCCCAAAUACGUCUCUGCCACCACCGAGAAGAUUAAACAACUUCGCCAGCCUGCAAAUAUACAGGAGUCCAAAAAAAGACUGGGUUUGACGUGGUGAGUUUACUGACAGCUGGCAAGWUCUUGUCCAAACAUUACCCUAAUAAAUGAACAAAUUUAUGAUUUAAUGUGGUCAUUUUGCAUUACKUAAAUGGAUGUUUUUUGAAUACCUUAAUAAUUACUUUUGAAGAUUUUGGAUCAACGUCUGUUGGCAGUUUUUAAAUUUAUACAGGAAAAGACAACUUAAUCAUUUUUAUUUGGAUUUGAUUGAAAAUGUAUAAGCAUAAAGUGAUUUCAUCCAUACAAAGGGAAGCAAAAGAAAAAGAGCUACAUGAACUGUCAUUAAAAAAGCUGUAUUAAAAACACUUGCAAUAAGACCAUUGUGCAUAAGUUCAUGACAUUGUCUUAUUAGUAUUAUACAGUAUAUUCAAAGUUUAGUGUUGACUUAAAGUAUGGUCAUGUUUCUUUGUUGAUAAAUGAAAGUUUUAUGUCCAUUGUUUUCAGUACUAUGAUGCAAUAAAAUGAAGCUUUAACUUUAAAGAGGUAUUCCUCAGUGUUCAGUGGAUCAACAUGUGACCUAAACUAGUAUAAAAUUACACAAAACUGAGAAUAUUAAAAGCAUUUUUUAUUUUACCAGACAGUGAUGUUUGACACAGGCUCACCUGGAAGCAAAUUUGAUUUUUUUUUUCAAUAAGUCGUCGUCAGUUCAUUAUUGUAGUUUUGAUUGCAAAUCGUAUUCUGGACUCCGUAUAUACAGAGAAUAGAAAACAAAAGAAAAAAAAUCACAGUUUUUAAUUCCAUCUAAACUCCAGCAGAUAUUUAGAACCAACUUGUAGAUUUUACAAACUGCAUGUAUCUUGUACUAAACAGCCUUUUAUUUAAAAAAACAAACAAA